CUAAAAGAAAAAGUUUUAUAUACAUUAUAUUUAUUUUUAAAUACAUUACUUUAUUGCAAUGUAUUAGAACAUAUGAGUACAUAAGGAUUGUUUAUCCGCUUUGAGCAUUAUUUGUGAGCUGUCAAAAAUAGGACAACCUACAAAUGAACAACUCUACAAUAACCGAGAUCGAGAAUGAACGAGUGGUUAGGUUGUUAGGUUGGUUAUAUGCGCUAUGUCAAACGAAAGUCCCUUUAGUAGUCGGUUUUAAAUAAUUUCUAAUUAUAACUUUGUCAUUUGAUUUUAGUAAUUUCAAGAGUAAAAUUGUAAAAUUAUAUCUUUAAUUGUCAUUAUCUAUGGAGCAGAGAUCAAAGCGCGCAAAUAAUUGUUAAAAUACAUUCGUGUAAAUUCGAUUUGAUUGAAGCGACCUUAACCUCACUUUUAUUCAGACGGCUGGACGCGUGUUUCAAAAAUUUCGCAAAUAACAGCAAAAACGUUUCGUACAGACGUAUUUUCGUAUCAACAUGAGUUUAUAUUGUUGGGGUGCUAACAGUUAUGGUCAGCUAGGAUUGGGACAUAGAUCUGAUGAGGAAAUAACACCAAAGGAAAUUCCCUUGAAAAACUGUGAUAUAAGAGUCGAAGAUAUUGUGUCCAUAGCUGGAGGAGCUGGACACACUCUUAUACUAGACAACAAAGGAUGUGUUUAUUGCUGUGGUUGGAAUUCAAAAGGUCAGCUAGCUUUAUCAGAUGAUACCCUAAAGUUUACCCAAAUAGAGAUCUUAAAAGAAUUCAAAGUAGUCCAGAUAUCUUGUGGCUGGGAUUUUAGUGCUGCUGUGACUGAAUGUGGUAAACAAUUUGUAUGGGGGAACAAUGGAAAUACUCAACUUGGCUUGUCUAAAAGCAUAACUUGCACUGGAAUUCCAUCAAGACUGCAAGUUUCACAAAAAUUGGCCACGGGUUUCAGACAUGUAAGUUGUGGGCUGCGGCACACUGCAAUUAUAACAAAGGAUGGGGGGCUCCUAGUCGCAGGUACUGGUGCCAAAGGCCAAUUAGGGUUAGGUGACAAUUUUGAUGAUAACAACUAUCUAAGUAUAACCAGAGUUCCAGAUCUUAGUGAUGUCAUCAGUGUGGCUAGUGGACAACACCAUACAAUAGUUCUUAAAGACAAUGGUACUGUACUUAGCUGGGGAGAGAACAAAUUUGGGCAACUAGGAGUCGAUUCGAAUGUAGCCAAUAGUUUUGUACCAUUGGAAGUUUUCAACAAUGAAGGUUUGAAGACUGUAUUUGCUGGUUGGACCCACAGUGCUGGCCUCACCACCAAUGGGGAAGUCUUCACAUGGGGCAGGAAUUCUUAUGGCCAGUUGGGAGCGGAGAGAGAUGUGCCCCACAAGAUUGAAAAGAUUCCUACCUUAAGUAACAUUAGUCAAUUGAGUGUUGGUUCAGAACACAACUUGGCUGUCACUGGUGAUGGGAAAUUGUAUGUUUGGGGUUGGAAUGAGCACGGUAGUUGUGGUACUGGUGAUAAAAAGGACGUUAAAAUACCCACUCAAAUACUAGCUAAUAAGAAAGUAAAGUCUGCUUUUGCUUGUACUGGUAGUUCUUUUGCUGUUAUUGAAUAGUAAUUAAACAAUCUUUGGGUAAUUUCAUGUGAAAUCAAUCAGACAAGGUUUGAAAAUUGAUGCUGUGAGUUUGGUUGUUUUUGUAAAUAUUAGUUCCUUAUCAUUAUUUGAAACUGGUAGAUUCUUUUUAAUUUGUUUUGAUAAUUUCUGAAUUUCACAAUUAACAAAAUUGAUCAAAAGUAUUAUUCUUUGGUCAAUAAUGCAUUCCUCAAUUUCAGUAACAUUAAAAUUUAAAAAGAGAAUUUUCUGAUUUCCUAACCAUAGUAAAUUUUUUUAGAAAUAAAUCAAAGUUCUUUGGUAAUAUUCGGUCAUUUAGUUAUUAAAAAAAAAAAUGUUUGGAAAAUUAGUUUCCAUCUUCGGCUGCAGUCAUAAUAAAAUUAA